CCACGAACUCAGAUCUAUCUCGUAUGGCUCUCCUCCUCCAAGCCGCGGCCCACCCUGCCCGGUCCUCUCCUUCCUCACCUAGAAUCCUAACCCUUCUCUCCGCGGAGAUCUACCGGUCGCCGACGCCAUCUCUCAUCGUCUCCGAUCCGACUCCUCCGCCUUCCCACCUGCCGCUUCCAGGCCGUCUUCCUCCGCCCCGUCCCGCACCGGACCCGUCUGAGGAAUGGUGGUAGUUCAGGUCGUCGUCGUCCCCUCCGUCUCCGCCACAGCGGCCGCCGCCCUCCAUCGGCCCCGCGAAGUCAGCGUAUAGUCCACCGGCCCAGUCGCCAUCGUUAUCCACGUCGGCGACCACCCUCUCGCUCUCCUCAGAGCUCACGGCCUCCCCGGCCCACGCGAGGAAGCACUUCAGCGAAGGCUUCGCGGAAUUUGGCGGCCUUGAGAAUGCGAAGAGAGGAAGACUCAGACGGUCGAGAUUAAGAGAGAAAAUGAGAUGGACGGUUACGAGGCUGCGUAUGCAGGGAAAGUCAUGAUAGUAUGGCCAGAACGAAUCUCAAAGCUCAGCCCAUUACCCGAGACAGGUCUCCGUUCGCGUAAGAUAUCUUUAACAUGACGGAAACGGAAUCUUGAAACGGGAAAGAGGAAAGCGCAACUUUAGAGGAGAGAAAGCAAAGGAAGGAAAAGGUGAUUCCUAUUCCCCCUAACAAGAAGCACAAGCAGUGGCAUAAAUGUGAUUCCCGGUUCCUCCGUUCUCCCUCCCCAACCCUACCGUCCACACCCUCAUUAAAUAAUAAAUAGAUAUAAAAUAAAAAAAAUCCCCCUCUCCUCUCUCUCUCUCUACUCGGUCUCGCUGUCUUCUUUCUGUCCGUAGUACGUCUUCCUUACCCGAGGAGGAGCGACUGCAAGAGGGCGAGACCACACCACCAUCUCUCUCCCCAACCAGAAAAAAGGGGGAAACCGCACUCACUCGUUCCUUCUCUCGCUCUCUCUCUGAGAGGAUGAGGAGGGGCACCCUCCGUUGAUGGCCUCGGCGGUGUCGUCGUCGGCGCAGGGCGUGGUGGCCUCGGAGCCGCCGCCCAUGGAGGUGCCGCCGUGGCUAAAGUCGUUGCCAUUGGCGCCGGAGUUCCACCCGACGCUGCAGGAGUUCCAGGACCCCAUCGCCUACAUCCUAAAGAUCGAGAAGGAGGCGGCCGACUACGGCAUCUGCAAGAUUGUUCCCCCCCUCCCCUCCGCCCCCAAGAAGACCGCCGUCGCAAACUUCAACCGCUCCUUCGCCGCCCGCGACCCCGGCGGCGGGAAGCCCCCCACAUUCACCACCAGGCAGCAACAGAUCGGCUUCUGCCCCCGCCGCCCCCGACCCGUCCAGAAGCCCGUCUGGCAGAGCGGCGAGCGCUACACCCUUCAGCAGUUCGAGGCGAAGGCCCGCCAGUUCGAGCGCUCCUACCUUCGCCGGACCGCCGGAGGUGGCGGGCGCAAGGCCGCCACUGCUCCUGCCCUUUCUCCACUCGAGAUGGAGACCCUCUUCUGGCGGGCUUCCGCCGACAAGCCCUUCUCUGUCGAGUACGCCAACGACAUGCCUGGAUCGGGGUUUGCGCCGCUGGCCGCCGCCGCGGGCCGACGCUGUCGCGAGGAGGUGCCGGCCAAUCUCGGGGAGUCCGCGUGGAACAUGCGGGGCGUGUCGCGGGCCAAGGGCUCGUUGCUCCGGUUCAUGAAGGAGGAGAUCCCCGGGGUUACGUCCCCCAUGGUGUACGUCGCUAUGUUGUUCAGCUGGUUCGCGUGGCAUGUCGAAGACCACGAGCUACACAGCUUGAAUUACCUGCAUAUGGGAGCGGGGAAGACGUGGUACGGGGUUCCGAGGGAUGCGGGACUUGCGUUCGAGGAGGUGGUCGGGGUGCACGGCUAUGGCGGGGAUGGGAAUCCUCUCAGUAAAUCAUCUGCUAAUAUUAGUGAGAUCAUGUCAGUGACUUUUGCAAUCCUUGGUGAGAAAACCACUGUUAUGUCUCCUGAAGUCUUUGUUGGAGCAGGAAUCCCAUGCUGCAGCAGGUUGGUUCAAAAUGCUGGAGAUUUUGUUGUCACUUUUCCUGGGUCUUAUCAUUUGGGAUUCAGUCAUGGAUUUAAUUGUGGGGAGGCAGCAAAUAUUGCUACUCCUGAAUGGUUGAAAUUUGCCAAAGAGGCUGCAGUGCGAAGGGCUUCAAUAGACUGUCCUCCUCUGGUGUCUCAUUUUCAGUUGCUAUAUGCCCUUGCAUUGUCAUUGUGCACAAGGAUGCCCAUGUGUGAAGGAAGUGAGCCACGAAGUUCUAGACUAAAAGAUAAGAUAAAAGGAGAAGGGGAAGAGAUGGUAAAAAAUGCAUUUGUUCAGAGUGUGAUUCAAAAUAAUCACCUACUCAGUGUGUUGCUUGAUUCGGGAAAUUCCUGUGUAGUUCUUCCUCAAAAUGCACCUGAAAGUCCUUUAUGUUCAACUUCACUUGUCAGAUCUCAAGUCAAGGUCAAGCCAAGAAAAUCACUUGGCAUAUGCAGUCAUCAGGAAGCGUUGGAAGCAUCACAACUUUUACAUUCCUCUGAUGAUGAUUCAGGCUGGAAUGCGAGGAUUAGAGACUUUAAUGGGUUGUUUUCAUUUAAAGGAAAUUUUACAUCAACAGGAAAUGAUAAAACAGUUUCAUUAGGCACAGACAACAAAUUUGUUAAUGCUGAUCACUACUCUACCUCGUCUGAUUCACAAAAUUUGGAAGGUGAAAAAGAGGGGACAACAAUAUGUGAUGGAUUGCUAGAGCAAGGACUAUUGUCAUGUGUUACAUGUGGAAUUUUGAGCUUUGCAUGUGUGGCUGUUGUACAACCAAGAGAGACAACAGCCAAAUACUUCAUGUCUGCAGAUUGUAGUUUUCUUGAUGAUCAUGUUUUUGGUUCAGGAGAAGCUAGUGGCAUCAGCAGAGAUACAAAUCAGAGGACCAACAACAACAGCCUGGUUGCUGACAUUGUUCAGGUUUCAGACCAGAGUGUUGAAAUGAUUUCUGAUGUUACAUGUCCAAGUGGUGCUUCUGCACUUGAUCUUUUGGCUUCUAUUUAUGAGGAUUCUUCAGAUGUUGAGGAUGAAGAUGUUCCACAUGAGAAGUCUAGAUGCUCUGAUAAAAACGAUCCGGAAAAAGACUCAUCAUCAUGUAAUGCCAAUCAACCCUUUGUAACUGCAGUAGAACCCCAAAUCAUUUAUUCAAGGGAGGUUGAACAUGACAAAACAUACUGGCAUUUGGCUGAUGCAGACAACCAAACUGAUAUGUCUAUUCAAAGUUCUCAGUCUGCUGAUAUUUCAGAUAAUUUAAAUGGACAUAUCAGUGCUGCUGCUGAUGACAUAUGUCAAAUUGAAUCAGGGUUCUGUAGCCCAGAUCAGCCAGAAAAUUGGAAAUUAGUCAGUGCAUCUUAUUUAGAAGAUAAUAGAACAGUGGCAAAUUCUGGCACUUCCACAAAAUUUGUGGGGGAACCCAGAGGUGCACAAUGUAGGGAACUAGAUGGUCAAAAUGCUGAAGAUCAUUACAGUAGCUUAAAGAUGGGAAAUUUAACUUCUGUUUUCAAAGAUCUCCCUGUCAACCGUGACAUCUGUGGCAACCGAAUUGUGCCAGUGAAAACUGCUUUGUUACAUCCAGAAUUAAGAAAUGUUGAUAUAAAAUUGAUGAGCUCCACAGCAUUAGUUAUGCAAGGAUCUGACAAAGAUUCUUCCCGACUGCAUGUAUUCUGUCUCGAGCAUGCUGCAGAGAUAGAAAAACAACUUCAACCGAUAGGUGGGGUGCAUAUGAUGGUUCUGUGUCAUCCAGACUAUCCUAAAAUAGAGUCAGAAGCAAAGUUGUUGGCAAAAGAACAGGGAAUUGGUUAUAUCUGGAAGAAUGUCAAAUUCAGGGAGGCCAAUGAAGAAGACCAAGAAAGAAUCAGAGCAGCCAUAGAGGAUGAACAAGUCAUGCCUAUGAAUAGUGAUUGGACAGUGAAAUUGGGAAUCAACCUGUGUUAUACUGCCAACCUUAGCAAAUCUCCCCUAUACAGUAAGCAGAUGCCAUAUAAUCCAGUUAUAUACAAGGCUUUUGGUCGUGAUUCCACAGGCAACUCCCCUAUGAAGCCAAAGGCUACUAGGAGGUGUCCAGGCAGGCAGAAGAAGAUAGUUGCCGCUGGUAGGUGGUGUGGUAAGGUUUGGAUGUCGAACCAGGUUCACCCAUAUUUAGCCCAUAAAAAGGAAACACAGGAGCAAGAACAGACAGAAGGGCUUUAUUCAUUUGAUACUGAUCAAAAUCCUUUGAUUGAGAUAGAUAUUGGUCAUUCCAGCGGAUUGUCUUCCAAAAGGAACUCAUCAGGUAGCAAUCUGGCAGCAAAUAAUUCUGGGAAGAAGAGGAAGAGGCCUUCGAAGAUGGCAAACUCUAAGAAACCCCAACACAGCAGCACCAUGGCGGACAGAAAUUCAAAAACUGACGAUGUAUCUGCAAUUCCUGCAUCUCCACUUGGAAGGACUUUAAGAAGCAGUCAUCUCAGGCACAAUGACAGCAGUAGCCAGGGUAAAUCGAGUUUGAAAAAUGAAUCAGGAGGACCUGGCACACAUCUCAAGAAACGAUCAUCCAAGUCUGAAGAGCUAAAGAAUAAGUUGGCCAGCAAGAAGCAAUCUACAAAGAGAAAGGCUAAAAAUACUCAAACUGCAAGUCUUGCAGUUAAAGGCAAGGAGGAAGAAUAUACAUGUGAUAUUGAGGGGUGCUCUAUGAGCUUCAGCACAAAGCAAGAUUUGGCACUACACAAGCGUGACAUUUGUCCUGUCAAAGGGUGUGGGAAGAAGUUCUUCUCACACAAGUACCUCGUGCAGCAUCGGAAGGUACACAUGGAUGACCGACCAUUGGUUUGUCCAUGGAAGGGGUGCAAGAUGACAUUCAAGUGGCCAUGGGCACGGACCGAACAUAUUAGGGUGCAUACUGGUGAUCGUCCAUACGUCUGCUGGGAAUCAGGGUGUGGUCAGACAUUCCGGUUUGUAUCAGAUUUUAGCCGUCACAAGCGCAAAACAGGCCACUCGGCAAAAAAGGGCCGUAGACGACCAGGCUUGUAACAACUAAUUUGAUGAAGUUUCAUUCGAUGUAGGAAAAUUGGGUGAUUGUAAACUAAUGUUCUUGAUUAAAAGUGCCAUCACUAGUUGAUCAGGGUAGGGUAGGUAGGAGCCUCAGUGCAUAUAUUCUUUUUUCCUUCUUUAGGAAGACUAAUCUUUCUACCAUUAGUCCAAUCAACUUGACAUUUCAAUCAGAUGGGGACUGGUGUAGAUGUAGACAGAGGUGGAUGCUUUUACCAUUAGCAGACGUAAAAAAACAGGCCUAAUAUAUUUGAUUGUGAUAUUUGUCCCUAUGCAAUCACACUCUUAUAUUGGGUUGCA